AUGGAAAGAGAAGAGGAGAAAACGGUUUCCACAUUGCAACAGUCUUUCCACCAUUCCAAAGAGCCCACCUUUCUUAUAAACCAAGCUGUUCUAUUUGGUGAGUCCCAUUCUAGCUUCUUGCCAGAAAUAGAACGUGACAGUCAGGGUGAAAAAGUAAAGGCAAACCCUCGGAAAAACAGACCUGGAACUGUAAUUCUCUCAAAGCAGUCCAGUAGGAGGAUUAUGUCUGAAAGCCAGCCCAGGCCCCCCGUGAUCCCAUCCCGCAGACCCAGGUUCCGGGUGUGCUAUAUCUGUGGCCGAGAAUUUGGGUCUCAAUCCCUUGGCAUUCAUGAACCCCAGUGCCUGGAGAAGUGGCGUGUUGAAAACAGCAAGUUGCCCAAGCACCUGAGGAGGCCAGAACCUUCCAAACCACCUCCUCUCAACGGAAGUGUGUCCUACAGUCUUCAGGCAGUGAAUGAGGCAGCCUUCCAGAGUUCCCAGGCUCAGCUGCUGCCGUGUGAGUCCUGCAGCCGCACAUUCUUGCCAGACCGGCUUCUUGUUCAUCAGAGAAGCUGCAAGCAGAAGGUUGAGGGGCCCAGGGCACCAAGCCUGGACAGAUCUGAUGAUCUUGCCAGUCUCAAGAAAGCUUCCAGUGGCAUCACAACCCGACCGAGGACUGUCAUCUGCUACAUCUGUGGGAGGGAAUUUGGUACCCUGUCCCUUCCUAUCCAUGAGCCCAAAUGCCUGGAAAAGUGGAAAGUAGAAAAUGACCGACUCCCCAGGGAGUUCCGCCAGCCACUCCCACAGAAGCCUCAGCCCCUUCCCAUUGGACAGCCCAACCACACAAGGCCACGUCAAGGCCAGCUCGUGUCCUGCCCAAACUGUAGUCAGACCCUUGCCCCCGACCGCCUUCCAGUACACCAGAGAAGUUGUAAAGGUCAACCUAGUGGGCCAAAAGCUCAGGAUCUGACAUUAGGGAGUAGAGGUGGCCUGAAAGAGUCCACUAAUUCCAAGUCUCAGAGGAACCCGGCAGCACCCCCUGUGACUGAUAAGCCAACAAUGAUAAGACGUCCACCAACAGUUGUUUGCUAUAUCUGUGGUCGUGAAUAUGGAACAAAAUCGAUUGCCAUUCAUGAGCCACAAUGUCUGAAAAAAUGGCACAAUGAAAACAACUUGUUGCCUAAAGAGCUAAGGAGACCAGAACCAAAGAAACCAGAAGUCAGGGCCAUUACUGCCAAGGGUUUCUAUGAUCUCGAUGCCUUAAACGAAGCUGCUUGGACAAGCGCCCAGAGCCAGUUGGUUCCCUGUAAUAUUUGUGGGCGUACCUUCCUGCCAGACAGACUGAUUGUUCACCAACGAUCCUGUAAACCAAAAGUCGCCAAGUAA